CGUUACAGAUUUCUGCGCAACGUGGAAAACAUGUUUGAGCUUUGCAUGUUUAACCACAAUAAUGUAGUUGUUUAUUUAUACUUAUUACAUUUGUAAUUGUGACAGUUGGGUUUACUUAAAUGGAUGGUAUUAAGUGUAGUGGCGUGUACGCGGACUCCGCUAAAUAACAACAACAGUUCCAUUUCCGGUUUCUGGAAGUAGCCAUCAGUCUCCAGCAUCGUUUUAGGAAAUCGCUUUAUCAGCAGACCUGCUGGCUUCACUUGGCUUUUGUUGGUUGAGAGCAGCUCACUUCGCCGCUGUUCGCCUCGCCGUCAACAUCCGGACAGAGAGUGGAAACAGCGAGGUUGUCACGGUUACGAUAUGAGCGAAGGAGAGGUGUUUCAUGAGAAGCAACGACUGGAGCUGUGCGCCAUUCAUGCUCUCAACAACGUGCUCCAGGAGCGGGUGUUCACCAAGGAGACGGCCGACGACAUCUGUAAACGGCUGGCUCCACAGUGUGUGGUGAACCCCCACCGCUCUGUGCUGGGCACAGGAAACUAUGACGUUAACGUCAUCAUGGCCGCUCUACAGAGCAGGGAACUGGCAGCGGUGUGGUGGGACAAACGCAGGACGGUCCAAAGCCUUUGCAUGUCAAAGGUCCAGGGCUUCAUCCUCAAUGUCCCCUCACGAGUAUCUUUGGGCAUCAUGUCCCUCCCGCUCCGUCGGCGCCAUUGGCUGGCGGUCCGGCAAGUUAACGGGCAGUACUACAACCUGGACUCCAAACUGAAGAGUCCUGUCUGCAUCGGAGGAGAGGCAGAGCUACGGACGUUUCUCAGUGAGCAGCUUUCUCAGGAUGUGGCAGAGAUGCUCCUGGUUGUCCAACGGGAGGUGGAGGAGGACGGUUCGUGGCUAAACUCCGACAGGGAGUGACGCUUUGUGUGUGUGUGUGUGUGUGUGUGUGUGUGUGUGUGUGUGUGUGUGUGNGUGUGUGUGUGUGUGUGUGUGUGUGUGUGUGUGUGUGUGUGUGUGUGUGUGUGUGUAAAGAACUCAACUCCUUUGGGAAAAAGACAGACUUUGUUAAACUUCAGGGAAUGCACAUUUUAAUAGUUCUACACAAACACAUAAGAGGAAAAUCCAAAGAGGAGCAGAGGCUGAAGUUGACUCCUGAAAUGAAGAAGAUCUGAUUGUUCUGACCCGUUUACCUCCAUUGUCUAUCUUUCUCUUGGUACUUUAGUUUUAAAGCUGAGCAGGAACACCAAAGCUGACAGAAGUUUAAGGAAAGUUUGAGGGAAAAAAACAAGCAUGUUGUGAAAAAAGACUGAACUGGUCACAGUGGUUCUCAGAUAAUUGAAAAUGAAAUGAAUGAUCAUUAAGACUUGGGUCAUUAGAAACACUAAUAAUCAUAAAAUGUCAUGUUUAUUGAA